AUAUGUUUUUGCGUUAUCGCGGCGUCUAAUCCGCGGUAAUACUCUAUCAGUGCCCCCCAUGCUUGGAGCAGCUGCUUUGCAGACUGUGCGAGUUUUGCAUUUGUGAUCGAUCACCGAUGCACAAAUACAAAGCAAAGUGAGAUUAUAAACAAAUUUAAGUCGACGCCAGAGACAUGUUUUCCCGAAAUUGCUUGAAGCGAGCCGCGCUGAGUCUCGUUCGGCGCGGUUACGCCGACGAAGUUCGCCUAGUCGAAGUCGGACCACGCGACGGCCUACAGAAUCUGCCUCAACAAGUGCCCACAGCGACGAAAGUCGAGCUGGUCGAGCGACUGGCCGCCACGGGCCUGCGCACGAUCGAGGUGGCGAGUCUCGUCUCGGCUCGCUGGGUGCCCCAGAUGUCGGACGGCCCCCAGGUCCUCGAGCAGCUGAGCCCUCGCGAGGGUGUGCGCUACGCCGUCCUGGCGCCCAACGCGAAGGGAGCCCGCGAGGCACUGCGACUCGGCGCCCGCGAGGUCGUGCUCAUCGCCGCCGCCUCCGAGAGCUUCAGCAAGCGCAACACCAACUGCUCGGUGGCCGAGGGCUUGGAGCGCGUCCGAGCCGCCCGCCAACUGCUGGUCGAGAGCGGACCCGGGGCGCCGAGGGUGCGGGCCGUCCUGAGCUGCGCCAUCGCCUGCCCCUACGACGGACCGAUCGCCGCGGCCCGAGUGGCCGAGAUCGCCGGCCAACUGCUCGACAUGGGCUGCGACGAGGUGGGCUUGGCCGACACCGUGGGCACCGGUACACCCAAGGCCUGGGCUGCCGUGCUGGGCGAGCUGCGCGCGGUCGCCGGGCCCGACGCGUUGACGAGCCGGCUCGCGGCCCACUGCCACGACACCUACGGCCAGGCGUUGGCCAGCAUCUACGAGUGCCUCGAUCAAGGUCUGCGGGUGUUCGACGCUUCGGUCGCGGGCCUGGGCGGCUGCCCGUACGCGCCCGGCGCCCUGGGCAACGUCGCCACCGAGGACCUGGUCCACAUGCUGCACGGCGAGGGCAUGAAGACCGGCGUGGAUUUGGAUCGUCUCGUCGACGUUGGCGAUUUCAUCACCAAACAGAUCAACGUGUCCAAUUGCUCGAGAGUGGGCAAAGCCAUACUCGCCAAACGUCAACGUUCCUGUCCGUAAAUUUUUGUUAUUCACGCGCCUUUUAAAUGUACAAAACAUUCUGGUGUACGCUCAUUGAACAUUUUUGUAAAAUACCGAACUGUCUGAAAGUCUGUGUAUAUUGUAUACAGGCAAUCCCCGCUAUUCGCGGUACUCAGUAUUCGCGGUUUCGCUUAUUCGCGGUUCUUUAAUUGAGCCAUUGUUUCGCUAUUCGCGGGAGUCGGAUUCGCUUAUUCGCGGUUUACUUCACGGUUGUUUAGUAAUAAUUUUAAUAAAGCUGUGAUGGAUUUUGGUCAAAAGCUCAAGAUUUUGGAGCUAAUAAAAGAAGGAGAAAAAUUGCCAUAAUUGCACGUAGAUUCGAGGUUAAUGAGUCAACUAUUAGGUCUAUCCGCAAUAACGGGGAUUCUGUUUCGGUAUUCGCGGUUUCGGUAUUCGCGGUGU